ACUGCACUUCUGCACUCCCGAUUGUUUUGCGUUAUAAGGGUCAGUCGGUGUUCCUUCUCGCGUAGGUUUUAAGCUGUGAAUACUGAUUUUAUUUUCGGUUUGUUUCGCGGUGUAUUUUAUUUGCAUUGUGUUUGAUUCCUCUCAAUUGUGUUUCGUCCAUGUUUUCAUUAAGUAUUAAGAGGUUGAAAGGUAAUUGAUACCCGUCAGUGAAAUUAAACGCCCCCAAAAUGGUCGACCGACUAGUAAAUAGUGAAGCAAACGCUCGCAGAAUUGCUACAGUUGAGAACUGUUUUGGAGCAUCUGGCCAACCUUUAGCUAUUCAAGGGCGUGUAUUAGUUGGUGAAGGAGUUCUUACCAAAAUGUGUCGAAAGAAAGGUAAACCGCGAGAGUUCUUUCUAUUCAAUGACAUAUUAGUCUAUGGUAACAUAGUUAUGGACAAGAAAAAGUAUAACAAGCAGCACAUUAUUCCUUUGGAGGAAGUGAAAUUAGAAAAUUUGAAGGAUGAUGGAAUAUUGAAAAAUGGUUGGCUAAUUAGAACACCUACUAAAUCUUUUGCUGUAUAUGCUGCAACAGCUACUGAGAAAAUGGAGUGGAUGGCACACAUAAAUAAAUGUGUGGAUGAUUUGUUGAAAAAGACUGGUAAAACGCCAUCUCUGGAGCAUGCUGCUGUAUGGAUACCUGAUGCUGAAGCAUCAGUUUGUAUGCAUUGCCGUAAAACACAAUUUACCGUUCUGAAUCGCAGGCAUCAUUGUAGAAAAUGUGGAGCCGUGGUUUGCAAUCCCUGUUCAAGCAAGAAGUUUUUACUGCCUGUGCAGUCUUCUAAGCCUUUGCGAGUAUGUUUAAGCUGUUAUGAUACUUUGACAAAAGCCCGUGCAAAUAUGGGAGAAACGCCUACCAAAUCUGUUGAAAAACCCGUUAAUCAAGAUUCUUCUGGUGAAGAUGACUCUGAGGAUGAAAUUGAUGAAUGUGGAAGAAAUGAUGAUAUUGCUAAAGAUGUCGAAAAAAUAAAAAUUGAUGAGACUCCUACAUUUUAUGGUGAUGCACCUGAGGAAAAUAAUCAUGCUCAGUCACCAGAUGUUUCGGCUCAGUCAUCACAUGAUGUGGCUGUUUCGGAUAGUGCAGCUGUGUCAUCAGAUACUGCAACCGAAGUAUCAUUGCAUGAUACUUCGACUGGUGGAGGGGAUUAUUCAGGAGCAACUGAAACUUGUGAAUGAGUUAAAUUGGAAUCCUUGAUUGCAUUCAGCAUACUCAGCCCUUAUAAUCAAAAGGAAAGUAUAUAUAUAUAUAGAGAGAGAGAGAGAGAAAUUCUGUAAAUUGCUGUCAUACAAAUGUUGAUUAUUAAUAAAUUAUCUACCUUAAGUGCCUUCAAACUCGUGAGAAAUUAUAUAGUUUAAGUAUUCUUUAAAAUACAAGAGUUUGAUGUUUUGGAUACUUGGCUGUUGGUGACAGAAUGGAACUUUUUUGUUCAUAUGUGAAAACAUCUUUCAUAUUUGUGUUAUAACUUUAAUAUAAGUCAUCCAUUUAUCAUCUGGAAGUGCCUAAUAGAGUUAAGUAUUUCAUCAAAGUGAUUUCUGGUAUGUUUUUUCUGUUGAGUUAAUACUGAUAGUAGUUAUUUAAAUCAUUUUAACUUCAUGUUAAAGAAAUAACUUUCAGACAUAAUUUGAAUUUGUUUUAUAAUUGGAGGAAUAUUUCUUGUAUAUAUAAUUUGAAAUGCUCGACAUCAGAAUUUGAUUUUAUUUUGUGUUUAAGCCCAGUUUGGAACCGUAUUAAAUAGCUGAUAUAUAUGUAGAGCAUUUUCAUUAGACAUUGAAAUGAGCAGAUUAAAGUAUUUUUAAAUAAAUGCAUAAGAAGAUUUUUUUCUGUCUUGAGAGGUUAUGGAGAUGUCUUUUGUGCAAGUUUAUGUUUGUAACAUGUUUCUAAAUGCCUAUUUUAUAUUUAAAUGAGCUAUUGUAAUUUUAAUUGAGAUUUGUAAUCAUGUUUUAUUUAAUUCCAAAGUAUAUUAAAGUUAUAGUCAUCAAAUUUCAUAUGAAGUAUUUAGAGCUACUCUAAUAUGUGUAUAAUGUAUGAAUUUUUAAGUUUAACACUUUCUUCCUUUUCUGAUAGGAAAUAUGCUCAAGUAGACAAUCAUUUUAAUUCUGAGAACUGUUUCAUAUUUUUGCCCAAUUCAAUAAAUUGAGCAUUGACGGUGUAGAUUUUAAUAUAAUAUAAAAAACAUUCAUUUAUUUUAUGGAUGAUAAACUGGACUGUGUAUUUUGAACUAAUAUAACGUUCUGUAUUUGCAAAGAAAAUCAUGACAGAAUAUUUUUGAGUAUUAAGCCUGAGAUUACCUGAUAAGUUUUUUUUAUCAGCAUUUUAUAUUAAUUUAUAAUUUUUAAAACUGAAAUACUUGACAACCCUAAUAAUCAGAUUUAAUAAAUUAUUGAUGAUGUAACAUAAUUUGAAGGGCAUGUCACUUGAAAGCUGCAGGAUUUCUGAUAACAUGUACUUCUGAUCCGUAUAUUUUUGUAUCAUAUUUUAAAAUUUAUAAUGUGUUGAAAAUGGUAAACGGAGGUAAUGGUGUGAAAAAUUCUUAGUAAGGAUUCAACUUUCUUGGAAGAAAAACUGCUGUUUUUCUAUGUAUUUUAUAUAAAUCGUGGAAUAUUUAACUCUAGAAUGCUAGAGGUCAGAAAGAAUAAUUAUUAUUAAGCUAUUGUAAGCAUAAUAGAACACGUUUAUUUAUAUAAAUUGCAUGCCUAAAAUUUAAUACAUUAAAAUUAUUAAUGAAAGGCAUUCUUCAUUAUUGUGUAAUCUUUAGAAUCAGGAUGUCUCCUUGGAUAAAACUAAGUAUUUUCCUUUAAAACUUGCUUUCCAGUUAUUGGAUACUUCUGAUAUUCUGUGAUAUCAAUGAUGGCAACAGACAACAUCAGUUUUAGAAGAGCGUAUGUGUAAAUUAGGUGACUGAAAUGUAGCUUAAUGUAUGUUUAUUAUUAAUGCAACUUUUAUAAAAUAUUCUCUUUCCCUAUGCUGUUUCAAAAGUUAAAAGCUAAGACAAAAUAUGCAGCUGCCUGAAGAGCUAAUUUUUCUACAUUUUUAUCCUGACAACUAAGUAGAUGUAUUAUUUGCUUUACUGAUUUAAUGUGGCAUCAACUGUACUGAAUUCUUGAGGCAUCAAAAAUGCUGGAACAAGGCUUGUUUGAGAUCAUAAUGUAUUAUUUAUAUAAAGAAGUUUUGAGAGAUGAAAAUUAUGCAGUGUUAUCAAGAAAGCAUUUUAUAAAGUUUUAAUGAUCUGGGGUUAAAUAUUAUAGAAAUGGUAUGAUUUUAUAAAUUUAGUUCUGUAGUAUUAAUGGACUAUUAAUCAUUUGUAAGUUUAUGUAACAGUAAGAAAGCAGAACAUGAAAAAAAAAAAAAAAUAUUUACUGUUCUGGAAUUAUGAAGUAAAUUUAUAUAAACACUUGUAAUUAAAGUUAAACUGCUUAAUAUGUGACCAAUAAUUAUUAUGUAUACUUUUCUCUAAAUGAGCCACAUAAUUUUUUUUCAUUUUUCUGUAUUUAAAAUUGAAAUUAAAAGAAUAAUUGUAGCUCAUUUUGGUUUUUUUCAUCUAUUAAAUGCAAGUUGCUGUUCAUAUCAUGAAAAUGUGCUGAAUUAUAAUUAAAAAAAAAAAAGAAGUCUUCUCUUCGUAGCUUUGUUAAGAGUUUAUGAGAUUUCAGUGGGAUAUGACCUCUUUAUCUCUGUCCAUUUUCCAUUGCUACUGAUGAAAACUGUUUAGAUAUUUAUGUAGGUAUGUCGAUGUAAUGACUUUUUUAUUAUAUCUACAUGUUUAAAUAUGUAAUUUAAUAAAGUUUAAAUUAAAUA